AUGGGUAGAAAAUGUGCCCAAAUUUUUUGUUGUUGCCUAAUUACUUUUGUGACGCUGUAUUGCUGUAACUACGUAGCCUCUGCUCCCAUUGUUCGCGUGGCACGAACACACCGGCAUUCGAGUCCACGCCGAGCUCUUUCUCCGACCUUCCUUGCACCGAGGAGCGUCAAAUCAUCAUAUGGUGAUGUAAGAAGUGAUAAGGAAGUUCAUUUCAGGGAGCCGUUCAUUAAAGACUACACUUCUUACAACCAGUUCCCCAAGUUUGUCAACGGUAAAUACAAAUUCAAGAGCCUCGACAUCGAUAUUCGCUUGUUACAGAACAAGACGUUGGACCGUGAUGCUGUGCUAAGCUGCGUUAACGCAAUUGGCGCAAUAGACACCUUCAUUCUCCUGGAUAAAGGCGAAUUGCGCAUCUCACAGCAUUCGAAUGCAGCUGGCGACAAUGGUGAAGCAAACGUAUUGUGCGCGGAUUCGGGUCUGUCAAAUUUCACCAUGGCAAUGUUACAUGGUGCAUAUAACCCAGAUACACAAUUAUUACUUUGGAAGCAGCAACUGGAACGUAGAGAAUUCAAAAUGUUAACCGUAGAAGAGCUUAUGGCCGACGUCACAACCUUAGAUGUCAACAAGGAAAGGCGGUUUAUAUUAGAGUCCUUCAGAAAUCUAGCGAGAGAAAGGGGAAUAGAACGCGUCCACGCUGAACCGAUAGGGUGGAAGUACAUACCGACGCAAAAGCUAGUGGAUGUCAUCGUACGCAUACUGCCCAUCGAUCUUGUGGUAAGCUGGCAGUUCCGAUUAACGCCUGGUGGGAAACCUCUAAUUAUUCACAAUGCUGUGGUAAAGCUUCUUGGGAUGAAUCGAAAGGGGGGCAACGGUCACGACCGUUGUACCCCCAAGGUGCUGUACACGAAGUUUGCACGGUGCGUGAUGCACUCAUUGGACAUGCCGGGGUUCAGAUUUCGGUCGUUGAAGCGCGUGCUAUCAACAAUGGCAACAACACGCGGCACUCAUCCGUCGCCCAAAGUGGGUGAUGCUGAACGCAUAGGAGACGGAUCGACCGUAUGCAGCCCACAUGACGAUAAGCAGCAGUUCAUUGAAGUAUCGGGGCUUGGGAGAGUAAGGUACAACAUCCUAAUCAAAAUUAUGCGUAUUCUGGAGAACGUGUUGGAAGGUAAUACUCAGGAGUAUGCGCUAUCAUCACGGACGCCUAGCGUUAAGGGCGAUCCGUUCCCGAGGCCAUUCUGGGUUCAAAUCCUUAACGUACUGGUCAAUGGGAAGUAUUUCAAAUUCAUACCGCUGCUUAUAUUGUACGAGGAACAGACCGACUCAUAUCAUUUGUGCACUCUCGGAAUCGAAGUCAAGCCCAUGAGCAAACCUAACAUUUGGAACCCAUGGAAUUCUACCUACAUGAUGAGGAGCAUAGAGGCUAUACCGCAAAUGUACCACGGGGUUGCCUUCGCUGAUAGUCACUACUUCAAAUUUACCGACGAACAAAUCAUGAAGCUGCUUUCCAUCUAUAAGCCGUUGAAGCACCUGGAUAUUAAGGGGUAUUACAACGGCAACAGGAACGCAGAUAAGGACAUGGUGAAGAAAAUUAUACAUAUUGAACCAACCAAACAGUACAUGGUUAACAUUGUCCACUGA